AUGGCCGUCUAUAAUCUCCUCCUCGGGCUCUCGGCCUUCAUCUCCAUCGCCAGGGCUGCAGAAACCUGCUACUGGCCAAAUGGCAAGGCGACCCCGUCCAACUGGGUGCCAUGUCCGAAUAGUAAAGUCUGUUGCGCAGUCGGGGAAGCCUGCCUAUCGAACAACCUCUGCUAUGGUUCCAAGCUGAACAUUGCGUACCGCGGCGCGUGUACCGACAUUUCCUGGCCGAUUGCUGAUUGUCCGCGCAUUUGCUACGAGGAAGUCGACUAUCAAUGGGCAAAUCUGUACGCGUGUCCCAAUAAUACCAACCAGGUCUUCACCUGCGGCACAAGCGGCUGGGCCUCGUCCGUCUGCGAUGCAAAACUGGGCCUGUACACCUGGGUCGACGGGAAUGUGUCUCUCGCGCAGAAUGGCAUCUCGACCACGUUCUCGUCCUCGUCCUCGUCCUCUGCUGUGGGGACUUUAGCGUCCCCCUCGCAGUCAACGACGACAACUACGACUCCUUUCUCCUCGGGCGAUUCCGUAGCAAGUGCCACCGCGACAGGAAAUUCGCAGCAGGAUAAGAAUGUUUUAACUCUGGGACUCGGAUUAGGGAUUGCUCUUGGGGUUCCGCUGUUAGCUAUCUCAGCGGCGUUUCUGUGGUUGUGGUUUCGCACACGGCGACAGUCGGUCAAUGGUCGGAUUCAACAGCCCGUCGGGCAAUACUCAGGAGGAGCUCCCGGUAUGGCUCCUGCUUAUCGUUCGAAUGGAGGGAUGGGGGAGUUGGAAGUCCCGAAGAGCAAUACUUACAGACCGGAAUUAGAGUGA